CACUCCUCUCCUCCUUCGCCUCCCCUCACCUCUCCUCCCCUCCUAGAGGACAGAGCGAUGCGGAGACAAUAGGACGCAGAGCCGAAGCAGUGUGCAGGAUGCUCGGCGUCUCACGGCUGUACGGAGGCUUCUCACCGGACCCGGAGCCCAGGACCAGGCCUUUUUCCCGGCUCAGACUACCCAGCAGCCUGCACUGACAGGGCAGACUCCACAGCCUCCAUAUGGGAGACAACUGAAGGUGACCCCAGCUGUUAGCUGUCCCACCUGAGCGUCAGGUCCAUAGUUCUGUAUCCGGUCAGUCCCCUAUAGCAGUCCCUAGCAUGAGUUCCUCUCCACUGGUGUCCCGAGCCAACAUGGACAUCCUGGACGAGCUGCAGCUGAUCGCAGCCCAGAACCUGGAGAGGCUGGAGGUCAACAAAUACUACGAGGUGAUCAGGGAGCUGGGCAAGGGCACCUACGGCAAGGUGGACCUGGUCAUCCAUAAGAUCAGAGGAACAAAAAUGGCUCUGAAGUUCCUGAAGAAGAAGACCACCAAGCUGAAGUCGUUCCUGCGGGAGUACAGCAUCUCUCUGUACCUGUCCCCCUGCCCCUUCAUCAUCAACAUGUUCGGCAUCGCCUUCGAGACGGACGACUACUACGUGUUCGCACAGGAGUACGCUCUGGCAGGGGACCUGUUCGAUAUCAUUCCUCCACAGAUUGGACUUCCUGAGGCAGUGGCAAAGCGCUGUGUGCACCAAGUCGCCAUCGCUCUGGAUUACCUGCACUGUAAGAAGCUUGUCCAUAGGGACAUCAAGCCUGAAAACAUCCUCAUUUUUGACCGAGAGUGCCGCAAGGUCAAGCUGUCAGAUUUCGGCAUGACCCGCCGAGCUGGCUCACCAGUGAAACGAGUGAGUGGCACCAUCCCCUACACGGCCCCGGAGCUCUGCGACGUGUCCCGCCACGAGGGCUUCUGCGUGGACUACAGCACCGACGUCUGGGCCUUUGGCGUGCUGCUCUUCUGCAUGCUGACCGGCAACUUCCCCUGGGAGAAGGCGCUGCCCUCCGACUCCUUCUACCAGGAGUUCAUCCGCUGGCAGAGGAGGAGGACCAACACGGUCCCGUCCCAGUGGAGGCGCUUCACUGAGCAGGCCCUGCGCAUGUUCCGCCGGCUGCUCUCCGUGGAACAGGACCGGCGCUGCUCCGUCAAAGAGGUGUUCGGGUACUUCAGCCACUCCUGGAUGCUGGAUGCAGAGAACAACAACAACAACGGGAACAGCAACAGCAACGGAAACACCAACACCAACAGCAACAGCGCAAGUGGUGGAGAGAGGGUUGGCGGUGGUGGCGGAGAGAGAGGAGGUGCACGGGGAGAGGGGAACGGCACCAUAUCGUCAUCUUCUUCCGGCGAGGAAGACGAGGAGCUGCUUGUGGAGAGGAUGAAGCAGCAGACUUUAUCUCCUCUCUCCCCACUUUCUCCCCUCUCUCCCACGUCUCCUGUGGUGGCGGAGAGAGGGAGUGGCAGUGGGGCUAAGGGCGGGGGGAUGGAGCCAGGCGGAGGCCACCAUUUCGUGUCCGUCUCCACCAACAGCUCCGUGUCGUCCACCAACAGUUACGAUCGAAUGCCGCGGGAAAACAGUUCUCCAGGCGGGCGCAUGCUGGUGGCUACGCCCAUAGAAAUCUGCGUCUGAGUGCGUCAGAACAUUGAAGUUGUCACAGACUUACUGGUACCAAUUUAUACCUCUCAUCCAACCACAUGCAUGGAAACAAACAGACAAUGUACUAACACGUAUCCUGAUCUAAACAUCUUGGAAAGGCAGAGCACACACAGAACACUUUACAGAGAGUAUUUGUAGAAUGCAUACAUUCCUCAUGAGGUAGGCUUUUUGGACUCUAUGAGAAGCCCACUUUACUCUUUCAUUUCAGUGUGCAAAUGCCUUUUUUUAUGCCCAGAGGAUAAUGAAAAAUUGCUUCCUUCACCAUCCGAAAAGAAGACCAAAAUGUAUUUCUAAAAGCAAUACUUCCAGCAAAAAAAAGGCAAAUAGAGACACGAGGGGCAGACUGAUGUCGGAUCUCUUCAGGUCGUCACUUCUGAUCGAAGCCAAGGGACGAAGGAUUUGUAUUUUUGAAGAAGACUAUAACAGAGUUAUAGGAAAUACAUUGUACGAUAAACACGGAGCGAGCAGUGGUUUUAAAUGUUAUAUGUGUCGGAAGAGUGUGAGUGUGUUUGUUGUGUGUAUUACCGUGUGUAUUUGAAUCCAAAAGAAGUGGAUUUAUUUUAGUUGGAGAAUUUAAUUAUUUAUUUGAAUUUAAAUAGACUACUUUUUUUCUAUUGUUUGGUUUCUUUAUUUUUCAUUCAACUUCACGUUGUAUUCUGGCAUAGCUGUGCCAAAUCCAUUUGGUUGGCUGCUGUUGUACUGUAUGAGUUUUGACUAUUGUAAUCCAGUACGUCCACGAGUGGAAGCUUCUCUAUCAUUGUUCUUCAUGUCAGACAUAUCUUCUUCAUUGUUGAAAGACUUUUUUUCUACUCCCUCCCAACAUUUUAUUUGUAAAGCUUCUGUUUGCUUUGGUUUUUUAAAGUUCAGUUUGUAUCGUUUGUAUUUUCUUUGAAACUUUAAGCAAAAUGAAUUGCCUGAAAAAGGAAAGAGUAAUGAUGACUUAGCAUUUUCAAUUCAAUCUGAAGGAGAAAAAAACCCCACAGAAGAUGUUACCCUUUUUAUAAAUUGCAUGACGAGUAGCUCAAACGAAGAAUUUGAAGCGGCUUUAUGAAAAUGUAUUUGAAAAAUUGACAAAAAGAAACGUAAAAUGUUGUGAUGUGGAAUUUUUGCCGUAGCACAAUUUCUUGCAUAAUGUUCCUUGAGUGAAUAUUGCCGUCAUGAUCUCUUGAGACAUCCUAGGGCUAAAAGAUCUGAACAAUAAUAGUUUUUAUUCUGUGUGUUGUAUUUGUAUUACUAUUAAUGCCGUGUACUCAUCUCACCAAAUCCAGGAACCGAAAAAAAACAAAGCAUGAGGACAUAGAGCGCGAGGCUUGAAAUUAAACCACAGAUAGGGAAUUAAAUUAUGUUGUUUUGUUCUAAAUUGACACCUAUAGCAAAGUAGUAAGGCAUUUGUUUUCUACAUAGUUAAAACAGAAAAAAGUAAUCCAUCCCAUUUGUUGGCAAAAAAAAAAAAUGAAGAAAA